AUGGAGGGUGCUGCUGUACACGAUGACUCUACGACGUUGUUGGCCGACGUAGCAUUUCAGACCGCAUCAAUACCAAUAGUAGAUACCAGCCUUUACAGUUUGUCUUCCGAAGAAGCUGCGUUCUUCAAGGCGCAAAUCGGCAUCGACGACGACGAAGACUUGAAGAGGCAUAUCCUGGAGGUGCAGGCGAAAGCAUACAAGGUUGCACCAUAUCCUUGUAUUCACGGAUUUGUCUUUCUUCGCUUAAACAUAUCAAGUUACCUUGUGUAUGAACACAUCCUCAAGCUUGGUCGCGAGCGCCCCGAUGCCGUGUUACUCGACCUUGGCUGUUGUUUCGGGGUUGAUGCCAGAAAGGCUGCGGCGGAUGGUUUUCCUGCGAAAAAUAUCAUUGCUUCAGAUAUCAGCAACGAAUUCCUCGAGCUGAGCCACGAACUUUUCAGAACGACACCAACUUCUUACCCGGGAUGCCUCCUUCCAGGAGAUGUCUUUGAUCCAGAAUUUCUUUCCAUAGCUGCACAGCCGAACGACAUUUCUUCGACCCCAGCUAUCGAUUUAUCCUCGUUGGAAUCCCUUAAUCCCCUUCAUGGCUGCAUAAGCGCAAUCAACGCUACAAGGCUUUUCCACCUCUUCACUGAGGAAAAACAAGUGCAUCUUGCCAGGGCUCUCGCAGGUCUGUUAUCUGCGCAGCCAGGGUCCGUUAUUUGCGGUUAUCAGGUCGGAACUCUCGAAAAAGGUAUGGUAAUUGCGAAUAUAUCGGGCUCCGAGCAUGGGUUGUUCGCUCAUUCUCCUCAAACUUGGUCAUCUUUGUGGGAUGGAGAGGUAUUCGAGAAGGGAAGUGUAAAGGUAGAAACAGAGUUAGUGGAAGUUGCGAUUCACGAGGUGCAAUUCCUCAUGAUGGAGUGGUCAGUGGUGAGAUUGUAG